AUGACUGCAAUGGUGAACGGAACAGUAAAAGUGGUAGCAGAAAAUGCGACAUGCAUGGCAAGAUGUAUCAUACCAAAAUCGGACACUGCUUAUGAUGCUGGUCCGUUUAUAAAAAUUCCGACAGCGGAGGAUAUUGCGUGCGAUAUUAUUGAGACUAAGUGCGAGCUGCCAGACAAGCCUGCCAACUAUUAUAUGCAUCUGCAAAUUCAUCAGAUGGAGACUACAGACGAAUACAAAAAUAGCUUGCCGAAUGUUUACGUUUUGGUUUUGGACUCAGUCUCGAAUUUAAUGGCUAAAAGGUCAGGACCUAGAGAUAUUUGAUG